CGGUCACGUGGCAGCGGACGCGUUUGUCCAGUUUCUACUUUGGAGCUUGUUUCAUGGACAAUGAAUCUCUCUCAAUACUACUAACAUCUGACAGACUGCUCUAACAUGGCUGAAUGUGGAAUCUGCUUGGAGGAUAUUAAGAAGCCUGUCUGCGUUCCGUGUGGUCACGUUCACUGUGAAAAAUGCCUACGCGCCCAUAUAAGUUCCGGAAAUGAUGCUAUGAAAUCUUCGUGCCCAUCAUGCCGAAGCAUAUUCUAUAUUGCUAUGCCUGAUUUAUCUUUUGUUCCCAAAAAAUACCAUGACUUUAUGGUACCCAGCGUGCGCAAGUUAUACUUGGACAUUGCUUCUCCUGCUCCGCUGGUUGCUGAGAUUGAGCAACUCAAAACACGCGUCGCUGCUUUGAGUAGAGAUCGGGACGCUCUGAUGGAGAGAUGCGAGGCACACAUGGCGGCUUCUCGUCAGUAUGCCACAAAUGAGAAAGACGCUCGUUUGGAAGCCAAAGCUGCACGUGAAGCCACCAACCGGCUGCAGGUGAAGUACGAUGCUUUGGAAAGAGAAUUCUUGGACCGUUCAACCCUGUCUCAGACAUCUUCCGACGGCCGAAAACGAAAAGGCAGGGAGAGCGUUGAUAAUUCGCGCAUUUCCUUCCGCCAAGAAGAACUUCCUUCCUUUGCCCUCAAAUCAGACGUAAAGCUCGAAGAGCUCCCUGAUGCACUUGACUUCGCGCCUUCACGCCUGAAGCGUGCACUUCCCAGAUCAAGUGUGACUUCAUCCUCACAACACGAACAAUCCCACGAUCCGCCACCUCGGUUCAUCAAGCGUCAGCGGCGCGCAAGGCAUUCAGACAUUGGCCCGAGAUUGCAGACUCAAAUACCUGAACAGUGCGAAGGCUGUGGGGAGUGUCAGGCAAUCUACAAUCAAUAAAGUCAUCUAGACAAGACCACAUGCACCAUACGUCCUCUCACGUCUCUGUACAAUGUAAAUACUAAUGCAUAUGUAUUGAUAUUUUUUGCAAUUAUAAUAUCUGCUUGCCAUUUGAUUGGGCCAUCCCACACGAUGGUACACUAUGUCAUGAUUGGGUGGACAAGGAUUUGAUACUGCACAGCCUACCAGACCAUAUCGAGUCAUCCGUGGUUAUUAUAAGCCAGGCUUUGACCAGGCUGAUCUAGAUUUUAUGUGAACUAUAAAGCUUGGUACUU